AGGAAUUCAUUUUUCUAUUGUAAAUACCGCUCGCAGUAUUGUUAUAAUAUCUGCUGUAGUGUGUGCGAUUAUACUGCGUCAUAAAAAGGACUUGGUUUGAGGCAGACAUUUUAAACACGCACCCAAACAAGUUACCCCUGAUAUGCAGGCCCCGUCUUAUCCCACCCAGCCCGGAGUUCCGGGUCAGGCUGUAUACGUCCACCAGCCCGCUCCAGUCAACUAUGCCAACACGGUGCAGAACCCUAACUCGUCGAGCGGUGUGUCGCAGAACUUUAACGGAGCUGCCGGGAGAGCGACUGGUUGGCUGCAGCUCGCCCUCGGCAUUGGGAGCAUCGUCGUCGCCAUUGCCGAGUUGGUCCUCCACACCGGAGUAGGCUAUGCCGCCAUUGGAAUCUGGGCCAGUGUUCUGUUCUACAUUCCUACCGGAAUCUUAGGAAUAUGUUCGAAGCAGAAGAACAGUUGUGUGAUCAUCGGCUAUCUUACGAUGUGUAUCAUCACAGCCAUUGUUGCCUUUAUUCAAAUGAUUGCUGGUGCCAUUGGGGCAGGAAUCAUCAGUAGUUCAUAUUACUAUGGCUAUGGCUAUGACUAUUACUAUGGCUCUGACUAUAACUAUGGCUACGAUCGAGGACUAAGGGGCGGAAGAAUCGCAUCGGACUCUCUGUUGGCAAUCCUUGGACUGAUCGAGAUGAUUGUAGCCAUUGUGGCUUCAGCCUACUGCUGUGGUGGCAUGGCCUGUGGCUACUCGUCUUCACAAACCACCACCACUGUGUACACCCAACAGAACACUCCGAUGGUUGUUACAACAGGUCAGUACACCCAGCCGGCUGGAAUCGUCCAGCCUCCUCCCGCAUACAACGCCCAGCAGACCUAUCCCCCUGCUGGCCAGCCUGUUGCUCCAGCUCCCUACAACCAAGCUCCUGGUGCCCAGUACAACCAGGUUCCUGCUGCCCCGUACAACCAACAAGAAGCUUCUGUACUGACCAAACCUGGCGGGGUGGUGGCUUAAACUUGUUAAGAAAGUGGGUCGUAUUCAUAAAACUAGCAGUCACCCGACAUGCCCAUGCUUACAUUUGGAAUAACAAGCAAUAGACAUAUUCUUCAUAAAUACAGUGCAUGCCUUUUCCGAGGCACACGGUCAUUAAGAAAAAAGGUAGUAUAUUCCUGCAAACUUUCAAAUUUUCUGAAGAGAGUAGUUUGGAUUCUAAACCAUGAUACAGUGUUUAUAAUUUUACAUCAUUUCUUUUAGAAUUUCUGCAAUUGGUAAUUCAGAGAAAGAGGGUGAGAAAAUUUAAUAUGCAAAAAUAACGGCUGAUGUAUUUUGAUAGAUAUUAUGCGUAAAGUCAUGGAAAACAAUCAUGUUAUCAUGACAUGAUUAUUAAAAUUCAAGCCACGUCAAGCCAGUGCUUGAUGAUGAAACAAUUAUUCAAGCAAGAAAUUACUGAUUAUUCUAGAAAGAAGAACGUCAUUCCAGCUAUUUGCCAGCAAUUGCUUUGCUUUUUCUAGUUUUAUGAAUACGGCCCAUUUCACCCAUUUGAAUAACUCAUCUUCGUGUAACGUCCCCUUUAGAAUAGGGAGUGCGGCUUACAUAAUGUAAUAUAAUAUAGCAAACUCUAUUAUAUCGACUAGUGCAGUGGGAUGAGGGUAAAAUAAGUGAACCCUAAAAAAAGAAACCCUUUUCGUACCUUGAUUAGGGGUCUGGACAUCACGUGACUUCUCUUGAUGACUGCAUAGAAAGAUCUAUUAAAAGAACAACAAUAUCAACAACAACAAACAACAUAAAUAGCAAAAAAACAGCUACGACCUUCUCAACUUAAAUGUCAGCCACAAAUGAUCAUCAAUCCAGUUAGAACAGGUUUAAUAUUAAUUAUGGAAACAUCGCGUAAUAUUAUAGAACGAAAAAUAUGUAACUAGGCAAGUGGUAGAUGAAAAUGCAUAUAGGCAUUAGAAAUUUAAAAAAUGAGAUAAUUUUCCCUAUUUGUUUAUUAAACUUGUAAAUU